AAAAUAUUUUCAUUAUUUUUGACCUGGAAACUGAUUGAUAUUGGUGUCCAAAAUCAAAAAUCGAACACUGGUGUCAAAAACAAUCCGAACAUUAGUGUCCUAAAUAAAAAAUCAGCCACUAGGGUCCAAAGCCAAAACUCGGCCAGUUGUGUCCAAAAUCCAAAAUUGGCCACAACAGUCAAAAAUCCAAAAUAAGCAAUUAGUGUCCAGAAAUGAAAUUCAACAACUAGGGUCCAAUUUCCAAAAUAGACCACUAGUGUCCGAAAUCCAAAAUCGGCCAGUAGUGUCCAAAAUCCAGAAUCGGCCACUAGUAUCCAAACUCUAUAAUUGGCCACUAGUGUCCAGAAAUAAAAAUCAGCCACUAGGGUCCAAAACCAAAAAUCGGCCACUAGUGUCUAAAAUCCAAAAACGGCCACUGGUGUCCGAAAUCCAAAAUCGACCAGUUGUGUCCAAAAUCCAGAAUCGGUCACUAGUUUCCAAAGUCUAUUAUUGGCCACUAGUGACCAGACAUAAAAAUCGGCUACUGGGAUACAAUAUCCAAAAUAGUGUCCAAAAUCCAGAAUCGGUCACUAGUUUCCAAAGUCUAUUAUUGGCCACUAGAGUCCAGAAAUGAAAAUCGGCCACUGGUGCCCAAAGUCUAAAGGCGGCCACUAGGGUGAAAAAUCCAGAUUCGGCUACGAGGGUGAAAAAUCCGGAAUCGGCCCCUAGGGUACAGAAUCCCAAAUCUGCCACAAGUGUUCAAAAUCCCAAAUAAGCCACUAGCGUUCAAACUUUAGAAUUGGCCACUACUGUCAAGAAUCCAAAAUCGGCCACAAGGGUUCAAAAUCCCAAAUUGGCCACUAGUGUCCGAAAUCCAAAUUCGGCCACUAGGGCCCAAAAUCCUAAAUUGGCCACUAGGGUCCAAACUCUGUAAUCGGCCAUUAGUGUCCAAAAUUUAGAAUCGGCCACUAGGAUUCAAAAUCGAAAAUCGGCCACUAGAGUCCAAAAUCAGAUAUGGGCCAUUAGUGUCGAAAAUCCAUAAUCGGUGACUAGUGUCCAAAAUUUAGAAUCGGCCAUUACUGUUCAAAAUCCAAAAUCAACCACUAGGGUCCAAAAUCCAAAAUAAGUCACCAGGGUCUAAAAUCCAAAACCGGCCACUAAGGUCCAAAAUUCAAUAUCGGCCACUAGGGUCUAAAAUCCAAAAUUGGCCACUAGGGUCCAAAAUCCAAAAUCGGUCACCAAGGUCUAAAAUCCAAAAUUGGCCAUUAGGGUCUAAAAUCCAAAAUUGGCCACAAGGGUCCAAAAUCCAGAAUCGGCCACUGGGGUCUAAAAUCCAAAACUGGCCACGAGGGUCCAAAAUCCAGAAUCGGCCACUAGGGUCCAAAAUCCAAAAUCCAAAUCUACCACUAAUAUUUUAAAUCCAAAAUCGGCCACUAGGGUCAAAAAUCCGAUAUCGGCCGCUAGUCAUGAGGAGCUUUGGCCCCGAAAAAAUUCGCAGCAUGCAUUCUACUGAGGCGCUAUAUUUCUGUCAUCGGUGUAGAGAAUUACAUCAACGUUUGCGGUCGGUAGGUGUCUAUGCGGUUACUUAAACCUGUUGAUUAUAAGUUAAAGUUUCACCUAAUAAUAAAUACUGCAUCUAUGCUCGAAUUUCAAUUACGAAAACACAAGAAAUCUGGCAUUGAAAUCACUUGGCGCGAUCUUAUUAUGGAGGCUGAAGUCUUCGAUCGAUCGGCAGAGCUUUCUAUAGUUACGAGAUCCAAUCUCGCCCCAAAAAGUACUGGUAUGUGCUAA